GUGAACCUGAGGUUUGGAGAUUGGCGAAAUUGUCCAACAUGAAGUCAUCGCAAAGCCCAGCAUUCAAACGUUUUCUAUCCGACUUUACGCUCGGUUUCUCAGAUGGACUUACAGUUCCAUUUGCCCUCACAGCUGGGCUCAGCUCUCUCGGAAAGACAGAUACCGUCAUCACGGGCGGAUUAGCAGAGUUGUGCGCCGGCAGUAUCAGCAUGGGAAUCGGAGGAUAUCUCGCGGCACGAGACGAAUGCGCACCUUGCCAACCUAAGUCCAAAGAUUUGGAGGAAUCGAGGGAGAGUUAUGAGAGGAAUAGCGAAAGCGACUACAUGGUUGAACAGUCCGAGAAAAUGCAGAUGCAAGCGGAGGAGUUGGUGCGACAACAUCUCAAGCCUUUGGAUCUACCGAGUUCAACAGUCACCACAAUCCUCAACACAAUUCAACAAGAACCAUCAGAUCUACAACGCGUGGUAUCACGCAUAAACUCGUUAAAAGAUGAUCUUUCGCCCUCACAACCAACCCCUCAGUCACCAAUCAUAUCUGGUCUCUCGAUAUCGCUAGGCUACACCAUCGGCGGCAUCAUUCCCUUGUUUCCGUACUUUUUUACCAGCACAGUUGGUCUCGGUCUUCAAUGGAGCUCUUGUCUCUGUCUCUUGGUAUUAUUUGCAUUUGGAGCGGGGAAGAGCUACAUUCUGCAAACUGGAGAUGCGUCAGUGCGUUCGUGGAUGAUUGAAGGGCUUCAAAUGUUAGUCCUGGGUGCUUUAGCUGCAAUAGCAGCUGUGGCGUGUGUCACUUGGGUUGGGGCAAGUUAAUGGGUGCCUAUUUUGAGAGUUCAGGCAGAAACAUUCACGCAGACGUGGGCGAAUAAGGGGCUGAGCAUUUGAGUUUAACCUCCGAAUCGUCAUCGUUAAAAUGCUACGAGGGACAAGUUUAUUAUACACCGUGAAAG